CACAAGGUCCGCGUCAAGCGUCCCGGCUGCGCCGCUGCAAUGUGGGUUCGUGAGAAGGUGGCCAAGUUCAUCACCUCCGCAGCCUCGACCAAGUAUCCGACUCGCCGCCUUUCCGCGGAGACGCUUCCAUCGCCACGCGAGAUGCGGGCAAGCACGAAAACGAAGGCCGCUGCCAAGCGCGCCACUGCCGAGGCCAAGCCCGCGGCUGCAGAGCAGUGCGAAUAGUCCUCCGCCCCCACGACGGCAGCAUCCCCGAGUCUCUUUGUCCACUACUCCCCAGCGUUGGCUGCUUCAGCGUACGUCGCCGCUCAUGCUCUGGGAGAGCUGAGCGUGUGCGAGCAGUCCACCCGGGGAGGCAACCCAAACCCUCGCGCCGUGACUGCGGCAUGUAGAUAGAACGCCGAGCUCUGUUGUGGCCGGUGGCCCCGGCGCGAGAACCGAGAUGUCCGAGUACCGUCUACCGAGACGUGCGUUCUAUCCUUCUAUGCGUGCGCGCGCGGUUGCGUGUCGUUCGACAUUUAGACAGCAAGUUCGCAAAUUUUA